GUCGGCGCCCUCGCCGUCGAGGUCUGGACGACGAACAAGGGCAUCACCUACGACAACUUCUACCUCGGCGCGUCCGUCGACGAGGCCAAGGCCGCCGCCGAGCCCUUCUACGAGAAGAAGGCCGCGGAGCAGGCCGCCGCCGAGGCCAAGGCCGCCGCCAAGGCCGCGAAGAAGGCCGAGAAGCAGAAGGGCAUGAAGGGCGCGCUCAAGAAGGCCGAGGUCUUCGCGACGCAGACCAUCGACACGGCCAAGGACCAGCCGCUCGCCGCCGCGGGCACGCUCCUCGCGACGCUCGUGUCCCUCUCCAUGCUCUGCGGCAAGAAGAAGAAGAAGAGCCCGAAGAAGAGCGACGACGACGACGACGACGACGACGAGGAAGAGGAGGAAGAGGAGGACGAGGACGACAAGAAGAGCAAGAAGACGCCCAAGGCGGACUAG